UCGUUCCGUGCGGUUGACAUUGCAAUUUCGCGGCAGACUCCCAUAAGAAUUAACGAUAAAGCAGCGGUCACUGACUGAGUUUAUUCCAUUAUUCUACUAGUACUUCUGUACAGAUUCAGGUGCAGACGACAGGGUGCGUGAAGGUCUGUUUCUUAUCGCAAUUUUUAAGCCAAUUUUCGACACCUUUUUGAGACCUGAGCCCCGAAAGAUUAGAGCUGCCAGUCGAAAACUGCAGGUCGUAUGUAGUGCAGAGUGCAGAGAGUGGAGGGCAAAGUGAAUGCAAGUGGUGCGAGUGCGGAAUCACACCAUGCUGGAGGUCGACAAAAUACUGGAGAAAUGCGGCGACUGCAAUCGCCUGCAGCUGCUGAUGCUGCUGCUCUUCUGUUUGAUCAAUAUGCUGUCUGCCCUGCACUACUACUCCCAGACGAUCAUCAGUUUUGUGCCCAAAUAUUGGUGCGCGGAUGGUCUGCCAGUUGGCAGCAAGCCUCCCAGUGAGUCAAGCUGCGUUUCUUCGGCACAGAAUGGCAGUGGCAGUAGUACCUGUCACGGCUAUGACUACGAGCUCUUCAUGGGCUACGAGAGCUUCACCUCGGACAUGAACUGGAUCUGCGAGGACGCCUGGAAGCUCACCCUCGGCCAGUCCAUGUUUUUUGUGGGUUCCGUGGUGGGCACCCUGGUGCUGGGAUUCCUCGCGGAUGUGGUGGGUCGUUUGCCCAUUCUGGUGGUGGCCAAUAUGAUUGCCAUGGUCGGAAAUCUGCUGACCAUCUGGGGGACCAAUCUCACGCUCUUCUGUGUCUUCCGUUUGGUCUCUGGCUUUGCCACGGACAGCAACUUUGUGAUGAUGUAUAUACUGGUCAUGGAAUACAUGCGUCCCACCUUGCGCACAGUGGGCCUCAGCCUCUGCAUUGGUUUCUUCUAUUGUCUGGGGUCCAUGGCCGCUCCCUGGAUUGCCGUCCUGAUGCACAGCUGGCAGGGUUUCCUACUGGCCACUUCGCUGCCCUUCCUGUUGGUGCCCUUCUUCUAUCUGAUCGUCCCGGAGAGCAUCCAGUGGCUGAUCUCCAAGCAGAAGUACGACCGCGCUGUGGUCUGCCUGAAGCGCGUGGCCAAGAUCAAUGGCCGGCAGGUGGACGAGAGCAGCUACCAGGAGUUCAUCGAAGAGUGCAAGUUCAGCCAGCAGCACACCAAAGCCACCCCCAAUCUGCUGGAUCUGUUCAGGACCCCGCGUCUUAGAAGGAACACCCUCAUUCUCUUCUUCAAAUCCAUGGUCAUUACCCUCUGCUAUGAUGCCGUCUCUCGCAACGUUCAAGGUCUUGGCAUUUCGCCAUUUCUGAUGUUCUCGCUGAGCGCCACCACCAUUCUGCCGGCCUGUCUGCUGAUCAUCGCCCUCCAAGAUCGGAUCGGACGCAAGGCCAUGGCCUCCAUUUCGCUCCUGCUGAGUGGAAUAUUCAUCUCGGUGACGGGUGGCAUACUCUUUGCUUCCCCUGCCACAGAUAAGACCACCACUCUGCUGGUCAGCCUCUCGGUUGUGGGUCGCUUUGGGGUGACAGUCGCCUAUAACUCCGGGGCUCAAUAUGCCACUGAACUGAUUCCCACGUGUGUCAGGGGACAGGGUGUGGCUGCGGUGCAUGUGGCUGGCUAUGCCUUCACCUUCUUCAGCGCCUUCAUCCUGUACACUCGGAGCAUCUUUUCCCCUAUGCCGGAGAUCAUCCUGGGCCUGAUCUCGCUCCUUGGAGCCUGCCUGUGUCUCUUGCUGCCAGAGACACUGCAUCGGACGCUCCCCACAUCCCUGGAGGAUGGCGAGAACUUUGGCAAGAAUGAUCGCUGGUUUUCCUUCAGCUUCACGGAGCAACGCACUCAGUCGGCCACCACCUUGGCCUCUGGGCACAACACCAAGAUCCAUUCGAAUUCCACGGAUUCGGCGGUUUACUUUUGGUCAUCAGUCGUUGGCCAGCGAUCGCCGGUGCAGCAGCAACCAACAAUGGAUGUCGAACGUGUCCUCGAAAAGUGUGGGAACUUUGGUCGCUACCAGAUCCUGCUCCUGGGACUCUAUGGAUAUACGAAUAUAGUGUCUUCGUUGCAUUAUUUUUCACAGACAAUCAUCAGUUUUACGCCCGCUCACAGAUGCUCUCUUCCCGGUGAAGACUUCUCGGAAAAUGCCACUUCUCUGGUAGAUUCCUGCAGCUAUAUCCAUUGGGACCCGGAUCUUUCCUUCCAGCGGGAGUCCAGAUGCCAGUCGUGGCAUUUCGACAAAGAAAGCGGCUACGAGAGCAUCACCACAGAACUCGAGUGGGUCUGCGACGAUGCCUACCAGCUGGCCGUGGGUCAGUCUUUCUUCUUUGUGGGCUCUGUGCUGGGAACGAUCUUCUUUGGAUAUCUGGCCGAUCGGAUCGGACGUCUGCCAGCCUGUGUGAUAACCACGCUGACUGGUGCCUUGGGAGACUUUCUCACGUCCUUCGUGAGUUCUCUGCCCUGGUUUUCCGCCACUCGUUUCAUGUCGGGCCUCUCCACGGACACCCAAUAUGUGUUGAUGUAUAUUUUGGUCUUUGAGUACCUCAGUCCUAAGCAUCGCACCUUUGGCCUGAACAUCAUUCUGGCCGUCUUCUACUGCUUUGGCCUGAUGAUUUCCCCCUGGAUGGCCAUUUGGUUGGGAAAUUGGCGUUUGUACCUCUGGGCUGCUUCCCUUCCCGCCUUGGGGGUGCUCGUGUAUCCCUUUUGCCUCUUUGAGAGCGUCGAGUGGCUGCUGACGAAGCACAAAUUCGACAGAGCUGUCCAUUGCCUGAAACGUAUUGCCAAAUUCAAUGGCCGACAUGUGGAGGACUCCGUUUUCGAUGAAUUCGUGAAGCACUACCGCGAGAAGAUGAACCGAGUGGAGACCACAUCCGCGGACACGUUUAUGGGGAUGCUAAGGACGCCCCGAUUGAGGAAGUUCACUAUCAUAUUGUUCCUCAAAUCAAUGAUCAUCACGGUGGCCUUCGAUAUCCUCAGUCGUAAUGUGGAGGGCGUUGGCACGUCCCCCUUCCUGCUCUUCUCCUACACGGGCUUCUGCUACCUUCCGGCAGGACUCACCAUCAUCUUCUUCCAGAACAUCAUCGGGCGCAAGGGCAUGGCCUGUGCCUCGCUCUUUGUGGGUGCCAUCAUCACAGCGGCCACAGGUUACCUCGUAGCCACACUCGACCCUUCGGAGUAUGCCCUGAUCCUGGCCUUCAUGGUGGGUCUCGGGCGAUAUGGCGCUGUCGUGGCCUAUGAUGCGGAGGCCCAGUACGCGGCGGAGAUCAUUCCGACGAGUGUCCGGGGACGAGGUGUGGCCAACAUCCACGUGGUGGGAUAUGCAUUUGGGUUCUUCAGCUCGUAUAUUAUUUUCCUGGGUACCAUUUUCAAGCCACUGCCAUCGCUUUUCAUCAGUGUUUUGCUUUUUAUUGGGGCUGCACUGUGUCUCACGCUGCCAGAGACUCUGCACAAGACCCUCCCGCAGACACUUCAAGAAGGCGAGAUGUUUGCCAAGGAUGAGAAAUGGUACUUCUUUCCCUGCUUUCAGCGAAGAGAAAGCCAGCACAAAACCGAAUCUCAAUUGUGUUUUUUUCAAAGUGAAGUUCUGGUAUUCCCCAGUCAAAGCAUGGAUUUCGAUCGUGUGCUUGAAAAGUGCGGGAACUUUGGUAGAUUCCAAUUUGUAAUACUCAUACUCUAUGGCUAUACGAACAUUCUCAGUUCCUUGCACUAUUUCUCGCAAACCCUCAUUACUUUCACACCAGAGCAUUGGUGCUCCCAUGAUGACCUCAUGGGUCUCAGUGCCGAGGAUCUACGCUCUAUCUACUCCAAUGUCUCCCAUUCCUCGUGUACUCCCCUGCAAGGCGUCAUCAAUGGCACUGGCAUACCCGCAGAUUCCUCGGAGAUCUGUCAGGACUGGAUCUUUGAGCGAGAGAGUGGCUACGAGAGUCUCACCACGGAAUUAAAGUGGGUCUGCGACAAGUCCCACCAGCCGGCAGUAGGACAGUCUUUCUUCUUUCUGGGCUCUGUGGUGGGGACCAUUACCUUUGGCUUUCUAUCGGAUCACAUCGGGCGACUGCCAGCCAUGUUGAUGGCCACUCUUUCCGGUGCCACGGGGGACUUUAUGACCUCCUUUGUGCACACUCUCCCAUGGUUUGCCUUCUCUAGAUUUGUGUCUGGCUUGUCCACGGAUACCAUGUACUACCUGAUGUACAUUUUGGUCUUCGAGUACUUGAGCCCCAAGCGCCGUACCUUCGGCCUCAAUAUAAUCCUCGCUGUUUUCUACUGCUUUGGACUGAUGACUUCCCCCUGGGCCGCCAUCUGGAUUGGAAACUGGCGUCGCUACCUCUGGCUGGCCUCGUUGCCCGCUCUGGGAGUCCUGGUAUAUCCUCUGCUCAUCUGCGAGAGCGCCCAGUGGUUGCUCACCAAAAAGAAGUACGACGAGGCGGUGGCUUGCCUCAAGCGAGUGGCCAAGUUCAAUGGCAGACAAGUGGAGGACUCCGUCUUCGAUGAGUUCGUGAAACACUACCGCGAGAAGAUGAAUCAACAGGCUCAGGUGAACAAACAGAGGGACACUUUCCUGGGCAUGUUCAGGACCCCGCGCCUUCGUCGGUUUACCUUGACUUUGCUGCUGAAAUCUGUCAUCAUAACCCUCUCGUACGAUGUGAUCAACCGCAAUAUGGAGGGUCUGGGCACGUCCCCCUUCAAGCUGUUUUCCCUCACAUCCAGCGUGUACCUACCCGCGGGCUUUGCGAUCCUCCUGCUGCAGAACCGGAUCGGUCGCAAGGGCAUGGCCUGCGGGGCACUCUUCGUGGGUGGCAUCAUCACUGCCGUUACGGGAUUCCUCAUCGCCUUCCUCGAUCCCAAGGAGAAUGCUAUCCUGCUGGCCUGCAUGGUGGCUCUGGGACGCUUUGGCAGCACCGUUUCCUACGACGCGGAGAUCCAGUACGCGGCGGAGAUCAUCCCCACCAGCGUGCGGGGACAGGCAGUGUCCAAUAUCCAUGUGGUGGGCCUGGCCUCCAGCUCCCUGGCAUUCUAUGUGAUCUACCUGGCGCAGUACUACAAGCCCCUGCCAUCGAUCUUCAUCAGUUGCCUGAUGUUCUUUGGCGCGGCUUUAUGUCUAUCCCUACCCGAAACCCUGCACAAAAAACUACCCGAAAGCCUGGCCGAUGGCGAGGUGUUUGCCAUGAACGAGAGCUGCUUUUACUUCCCCUGCUUCUAUAAGCGCCGCGAUGGCCUCACAAAGCAUGCGGAUCUCAAGUCUGAACCCUAGAGAACACUCCUCAACUAAUAAAACUGAUAAUCUGAUGAUAAACGAAUAACCUGAUGAUGAGCCCAACAAAUAAUGUUGGGUUUCGCCCGUAACUGAAUGGUCUGAUAGGUAAUAUUACUCAUGUGAAGGAUGCAUAGUAAUAGUAAACCAUAACCGUUGUUUAGAAAACACUCUUAUCUAAUAUAUCCUAUACCCCGUAUAUACCACAAACAGAACUGCUAAAUAUCUAUCUACUAAUCUAUGUUCUAAUUUUCUUCACGUUUUAUAAUGUAUAUAUUAUGUUAAAUAAAAUAUUAUGAUAUAUCCUGA